AUGUCUGCUAAAGCCCAAAACCCUAUGCGUGAGCUUCACAUCGAGAAGUUGGUGUUGAACAUCUGUGUCGGUGAAUCCGGUGACAGAUUGACCAGAGCUUCCAAGGUUUUGGAACAGUUGUCUGGUCAAACCCCAGUUCAAUCCAAGGCUAGAUACACCGUUAGAACUUUCGGUAUCAGAAGAAACGAAAAGAUCGCUGUGCACGUUACUAUCAGAGGCCCCAAGGCUGAGGAGAUCUUGGAGAGAGGUCUUAAGGUUAAGGAAUACCAAUUGAAAGAAAGAAAUUUCAGUGCCACCGGUAACUUUGGUUUCGGUAUUGAAGAGCACAUCGACUUGGGUAUCAAGUACGACCCAGGUAUUGGUAUUUACGGUAUGGACUUUUACGUUGUCAUGGGAAGAGCCGGUGCCAGAAUUGCCAGAAGAAAGAGAGCUAAGGCUGUCAUUGGUAACUCUCACAAGACCAACAAGGAGGACUCUAUCCAAUGGUUCAAGCAGAAGUACGAUGCUGAUGUGUUGGCUAAAUAA